GGCUAGAAUCCUAAGAAACUGAUUUGGACGACCGACAGUCUGUCUUGCUUAUUUACCUGAGAAUUAUUCAUUUAUAUCAUGCUUGAUGUUGUGAAUUUCUUUAAUAAUUAUGUUAAAAUUGAUGCAAAUGUGAAUAAACAGAAGUAAGGAGCCAUUACUAUGGCAACAGGAGGCAUUCCAGCUCCUGGACAUUCAAAGAAAUUACCUGAAGUCCCACUUAGAAAAGGAGGAAAACAAAAGAAACCUGUAAAAGUUUUCAUCACAACAUACUCUGAUGAAUUUUAUACUGAGAGAGAAUUAGUAAGAAAAGAGGUGCUGCCUGAAUUAAAGUCCUGGUGUGAAUCAAAACAUCUUACAGUUAAUGAACAGUUUGUGAAAUGGGGAUCUAAACAUCCAGACAGACGAGAUGUUACUGAAUUGGAGAAAAUACAGACUUGUAUAGAAACUUGUUAUUUCCAAGAUGUAAUGCCUAUUUUUAUCAAUAUAACAAGUGAGUCAGUAGGAUGGGUUCCAAUGUGGGAUGAAUGUCCAGAUGAAGUUGUAGAAAAUUACAUUGAAGCAUAUGGAUUAGUUGUAGAAGAUUUAGAAGUUAUGAAUGGAGCCUUUAGGCAAGAUAAUCAGAACUCUUUGUUUAUGAUGAGGAAUGACGACUUUCUAAAAAACAUUCCUUCAGAUGACCAAAAAUGUUUUGUACAGAAAACUCCAGCAAGUGAAACAGUCAUUAAAAUGGGAGAUAAAAUUUCACAAAAGUUUCCUAUAAACAGAGUAGUAAAAUAUAACUGUGAAGAAUACAAAGGUUUAAGUUCAAAGAAUAAACCUAAAUUAAAACUAAGUGAUUCUUUCAAACAAAAGAUAUUAGAAUUCUGUAAACAAAGAAUUGGUUGUGAUUACUGUGGUGAUCAUGUGACAUCUUACAGUCCUGUUGAUAAUACAGUAUCUCAGGAACAUCUGACGUUCAUGAAGAAUAAAAGUUCCACUGUCAUAGGCAGAGAUGAUAUUAUUAAAGUGAUUGAAGAUUACAUAUUCAAAGAAGAAAAGGAUGUUCCAUUAUUUGUUAUAGGGGAGGCAGGUAUAGGAAAGUCUUCUGUGAUGUGUAAAGCAGCUUAUACUAUUUACAACAAUCUUGGACAUAUACCCUGCCCUGGAGGUAAAUCUUGGACUUUGUUUUUCCAUUUUGUUGGUGCUAUUCCUGGUUCUUGUUGUUUAGAGACUAUGUUGAAGAGAUUGUUAAAAGAAGCAGACCUAGUAAAUGACUCCAGCAUUCCAAGAGGUGUGGAGGCAACUGCCCAGUCUUGUUGUAGUAUGUUAGCUAACCCCAGUAUUAAGCCUAUUAUUAUAUUUAUAGAUGGUUUAAAUCAGUUUUCUGAUGAUCAAGCCUCAAAAGUAAUGAGUUGGUUACCUAGGAAACUAGCUCCACAUGUUAGAUGUAUAUUUUCCUCUGUUAUGGACUCACAUCAGUACAAAACAGUGAUCAGUAGAGAAUCAAAGCCUAUAGAGUUACCAUUAGAACCUCUAGACAGACAGUCUCGCAGUAUUUUGGCAAAAGGUUGGUGCAAGAAAUUUGACAAAGAAUUAACGGGUACACAGUUGGAUGCAUUAUUGUCAAAAUCCUCUUCAGAAAACCUUUUGUGGUUGUCAUUAGCUUGUGAAGAGAUCAAAUUGGUCUGUGACCCAGACCAAAUUGAUAAAAAAAUCAGUGACCUGCCAGAAGGUUUACCAAAUUUAUUUGAAUACAUGUUAAUGAGACUGGAGAAUGAAUCUGGUAGUAACCUUGUUAUAGGUACUCUGUGUCUUCUUGAAGCUUCAUUUGCUGGAUUAUAUGAGCUUGAAUUGCGACAGAUAUUAGGUCAUGAAAAUACAUUGAUGCCUCCAUCACCAUUUGAUGAAAAAGAUGAAAAAGAAUCAUCUGAGAAAGAAGUUAUUAAAGUUAUGGAUCCUGUUUCAUCAAGAAAAUGGAAUGCUAUUAUGAAAACAUUACAGCCCUACUUACGCUAUAAUGGUGAAAGUAAAGAUGGCAGAUUGGAUUUCUAUCAUAGAGCACUCAGUAAAGCUGUUAGGAGAAGGUAUUUUGUGAAGUCUGAAGAUAAAGGAGCAGCUGAAGAGCAUUCAGAGGAAUACUAUUGGUGGCAUAAAAAGUUGGCUGAAUCAUUUGAACAUUCCCAAAAUGAUGAAAGAUUUGUUGAGGAAUACUUGUACCAACUAGUAUGUACAGAUGAUACCUAUAGACUGACAGAAUGUUUGUGUGAUUGGAGAGUAUUCGAUAAACUUUACCAUGAAGAAUAUAGCUCUAAAUUGCUGGAAUAUUGGAGAAAGGUAGGAAGUACCCAUGUUAUGAUAAAUAAAUAUGGUGAAGCAUUACACGGACUAGAAGCACAUUCAGCACAUAAGGAGGAAGCUGUAUCUAUAAGAUAUGAAAAAGUCUGCAGGGUCAUAGUCCAAUGUGGGAAAUACCAUGAUGCACUAGAUCUGCUAAAGACAGCCAUGAAGAUUGAAGAGAAGGAACUUGGAGCUCGUCCACAUAGAAUGGUGGAGCUUUAUGCACUGAUGGCUGAAAUUUAUGAUGAGAAAUUAAAGUUAAAUGAUUUUGUAUCUCCAAGCCAGUUACCAGAUCUGAGGAAGACUAUUCACUAUGGAAAGAAAUCAAUAGCCAUCAGGAAAACUCUGCCUGGCACCUACCAUAAAUUUAAACUUGGGAUGAGUUUAAUGAAGCUGGCAUUUAACUUAGAAAGUUGGGAAGCAUGUGGUGGAGGACCCGAACUGACAGGGUCAUCAGCUUUAGAGGAAGGCAAUAGAUAUAUAGACAAGGCAUUAAAAAUAUUUCAGGAGUUAAAUGAUAUGGGACAUUACGCAGAAGCUUUAAUGACUAAAGGUGUUCUUGCUAAGAGAGGAAGUAUGGAACAGUUGAAGUUGUAUAAUGAAGCAAUGGACUUGUGUAUGCAAAUGUAUGGAGAAUAUCAUAUUUUGAUGUCAAGACUUUAUAUAAAUAUAGGUAUUGUUUACGAGGAUAACUGUGAUUAUAAAAAAGCUUAUGAAUAUUUCAAGAAAUGGGCUAGAAUAAGUGAGGAAAUUCUAGGACCUGAUCAUCCAAAGACAAAGCGUGCUAGAGGUGUGCUUAGAGAAAGUAGAUACCAAAAUAUUGCUAGGAAUUUAGAUGAAUGGGAAAGAACUGGCCAUGAUUCCUCACCUGGGGAAGAAAAUGCUGAUGAAACAGAAAGACGAGAUUUAGAAAAUUUUUACGAUGAUUCUUCUGACCAGAAUGAUAUCAAUUUAGUGGUCAGUGACUGUAACCAGAAUCUUGUUUCUCUUGGCAAUUUGCCAAAUAAUGAACAAGAUGCAUUACAUAGUGAAGAGGAAGUGUCAAAUGGUUAUUUUGAGGAAGCAUCUUCACAUGAUGGUAGUAGCAGUAGUAGUGACAAUGAAAGUGAGAACUCCGAUCAUGAAAAUUUGUAUGACGAUUGUUUAGACGAGUAUGCCGAACAGUAUGCAAUGAUUAACCCAAUAGAUGACAAUUUAAUGAAUGAAUUAAAUAUUAAUAUAGAUGAUAAUGACGAUGUAGAUGAUGAAAUUGAACAAAUUACUUCACGUGAAAAUUACGAUAAUGAAGCAGAGAUGGACAAUAGAUAUGCAAUUUAUGCUGGUGAUAACAAUAGUGAAAAUGAAUCUGAUAAUUGUUCUAAUACCAGGCAGAGAGUAAACCAGUUAUGAUUAUUAGUUUGUCUUAAUAAAAUUAAGGUGGUCUAUUUAACUAUCCUCUGCAUUUAUUCCUGUUUUCUCUACAUACACAUCCAAACAUAAGUAACAGGGUCAUUUUGUUUUGCAUGUAAAUGUGACAUUGUACUUAAGUUUUGUUACAUUUAAAAAACCAAUCAAAACCAAAUUUUUCUUAAAUUUUGAUUAAAUAAGGUAAAGUUUUACAUCAAAGUCUAAAUGUGUAUUGGGUAUAGAGAUGCACCAGGUAUGGAUGUCAACAUGCAUAUAUAAGUAAACUAGUCUUUUGUUUACUAGUAAAUGUUUGCUUCAAAAUAUUAAGCAUCUUAAAUCAUUGAAAAUUUAAUCUACAUCAACCUGAAAUAGUAGUAAAAUGUACUUGGAAAUAAUGAGUAGGUUUAAGGUUUCUCUGACCUACUUUUUAUGCAUCCUGAUUCUUCUUAUAUUGGUGUUCAUAUCUCAGGUAUUUAAAGAUGUAGGAUUUUUUUUUAUUUCGCAUUGAAAUCUAUUACCCUGGCUUCAGUAAGUGUUGAAUGUGAUAGUAUUGUUAGGUAUUAAGGAUAUUCUAUAUUAAUAGUUUUAAUUAUUUAUGAUGACAUCAUGACUAUGUGAACUUUGUAAUUUUUGAUUAUCUAUCAUGCUUAUAGUUUAUAUUGUCUUCCCAUAGAGUUAAAUCAGUGCCAUUUUGAAUGGCUGAACUAGAAAAAUCUUGCCAGUGUAUGAACAUGUAAUUACAAUAAGGCAAUAAUUAGUAAGGUUUUGUUACAAGGCAGAACCCAUCCAAACUCCUUAAGAUAUAAACUCAACAGAAAAGUAAUUAAAUGGACACUUAAUACUUUCUUACUGAUCAAUCCUUCAUGAAUAUUAACUGAAUAUUCUAUGUAUAUUUCCUUCUAGAACAUUUACUCGGGGUAAUUUCUUAUGGCCUUUUUUUAACUUGGUGUUCAGUUACCACGAUUCACAUUGACACUUUUAUGCGCCUUCUGACUACAAUCUGAAAUAAAUUUAAGGCAUGUCAUUAUAUCUUCUUUUGUGAAGUAAAAGUCUAAAUUUA